UUCAGCUGCACGCCUGCUGCGAAGCUAAUCCCGUUGCCGCAGGUAGGUAAUAUUCUAGCCAACUUUAUUCCGGCCGAGGUCGGAUCUCCACCAUCAGAGCAUGUCAGCUCAGAGCACAGGCCCCUGAUUGGACCGCAACUAUACUGGGUACAUUUUCCCCCGCUUCGAGUCACAUUUCAAGGCCCAAAAAAAGACUCGAAGCCAGACUAUGCGAACAGAUGAGGAUCUAAGGAAACAAGCAAGCUCCUUGGCAGCAGUCUUCCUUGCUCAGAUCCUCCCGUACUCCCGGCGCGGCAGCGAUCAAAACCCCCAUCAACCUCAGUCUCCAUGGCUACUUGCCCGCCUUCCAUCACGCCGCCAGCUUCAGACUCGGUGCCGCCGUCAUUACCCCUCAUAACCCGGAUCCAAGGAUCCAGAGCCAGGCUGAAUCAGUGACUGACCCCCAAUCCCCAAUCCCCAAUCCCCGACACCCAUGACCUCCCCGACAGCCGACCCCGGCCCGGCCAGGGCCCCGUCGAGCCUGCAAGACCUCCCCAACGAGCUCCUCCAGACCAUCGCCUCGUUGCUUAUUCCCGACCCACCCGCGACUACCCGCUUCUCGCUGCGACCAGUCCUCAGCUGGGAGUUCCGGGACGCCGACGCCCAGUGGGCCGCGUGGAAGAGCCGGCACCGGGACCUGCAGGCGCUGGCCUGCACCAGCCAGCGCAUGACCGCCAUCGCCGCCGCGCACCAGUACCACACCAUCGUCGUACACAGCGGUGUCGGUCUGGUGCGCCUGUUCCGCCAUCUCGUCGACCGCCCCGACGCGAGGAGCUGCAUCCGCUCGCUCUCGUGCCUCGUCAACCUGCUUGACUCGGGCGUCGUCAGCGACGCCCGCCGCGAAUUGGCCCUGUUGAUCGGAGAUGGCUUCCGGGUCCCGCCGGAACUGCUGUCGAGGCCCGCGACGGCGGCGGAGGGGGCGCCGGCCCGCCCGGCCCCGGUCCCGAGCCCCGACAACAGCAUCGCGCUCGCGCUGUUCAACUUCGUCGUCGGCUACGCAGACAGGCUAGACGAUCUCCUGAUGGCCCAUCCCGACCAGAGCCGGGCAGUAGUGCACCCGGCCUUGAUCGACCUCCUGUUCGACAUCCCCGGCCUCUCGACUGCAAAGGUCGCAGCCCACCCUCGUGAGCCCCUCCUCUUCCCUGCCAAGGCGUCAAUGCAGCGCCUGGCCUCUCUACGACUGUAUUGCAACCGGGAGGGAUCGGGGCGGGACGACACGUUCUCGCAGGUCUUCGCCCGGUACGUCGUCUCCAUCCUGCCGGAGCUGCCGGGCCUGAGCACGCUCGAGUUCUGCUGCGACUCGGCGACCGCGUGGUCGCGCCUGCUGCGCGCGCCGGCCUACCCGGCCCUGCCCAACAUCCGGCACGUGCGACUAUACGGGAGCCGGAUCCGCGAGCCCGAGCUCGUGGCGCUGUGCGGGGCCUGCACCGGCCUGGAGACGCUGGUCGUGCACUUCGAGGACAAGUGCGACGACGAGUUCGACCGCCCCAGGCUGCCCGGCGGGCGGACGCUCAACGACGCCCUGCUCGGCCUGGCCGAUAGUCUGCGGCAUCUCGAACUGGUGACCGUGUCCGACGGCCACUACCUGACCCGCGGGAGGGAGCGGCCCCGCAAACCCGAGAACCACCGCCUCACCUGCUUCCCCGCGCUGCACAACCUCCGCAACCUCUCCGUCGACUACCGCGGCCUCUUCGGCACGCUGGGCGCCCUCGAAUACGAGGACGGGGAGGCGUUGCCCGGGCUGCUGCCUGCAUCGCUGCGCAACUUCACCCUGGUCUGCGAGUGGGGCGCCGACAAGGACUUCAAGCAGAGUUACCUUGCCGACCUAGAAGUCAUGCUCGACGGCGUGAAGCUGCUGUGCUGCUCCGGAAGACAGAAAUUAUCCAGCAUCACGCUAAUGAUGCACUCGUGGCCCGAGACGAGCAAGUACAGGAGCAAGUACCGGAGGAACAUGGUACAAGUCAAGGCGACGUGCGACGGGGCCGGAGUCCGGUUCAGGGCCCCCGAGCUCCCGCCGGCAUACCGGGACGAGGACGAGGCCGGCGAGCUGGACGGCGACGGGGACGGGGACGAGGAGGACGAGGACGGGGACAACGAGGGCGAGUAUGAGGAGGAAGAGGAAGACUCGGAAUACUACUUCUCCGGCGACGACGAGGCCGACCCCGAGAGGGACGCCAACCGGCCGGCCUCGUUUGAGGAGUUCCUACAGCUCCUGGGGGACGACCACGGCCACGACGUCGACGAGCUAUACCAUGCCUACUACUACGAGGACCGGUGGGAUGAGUAUCUGUUCUGAGGUCCUGAUGGCCCAUGACGCUCGUGACCGCCGAGAGGCGCAGGAAAGGAAAAACGGAUCGCCAUCUGGACCACGCCAAUGCACCACUGCCUACUCCCGCACGUACAUUAGCCCUGCCGGCACAUGCUGGGUGCCUGGCGAAGUGUCUGACUGGCUCGCUUAGACCCGACCGAAGGCGAUCGAAGCCCUCCCAGACCUCAAGUAUGCAGCUUUCCCAGACAUGGGGGUAGGGGAGGUCAGAUGGUCAAUAUGGCU